GAGAGAGAGAGAUUGGAAAUACCGCAAUGGGUUCUAUUGCAGGAGGAGGAUCAAAACCACAUGCUGUGUUGACUCCAUUUCCAGCUCAAGGCCACAUCAUCUCAGUGCUAAAACUAGCAAAGCUUCUUCAUCUUCGAGGCUUUUUCAUAACCUUCGUCAACACUGAGUUCAACCAUAAACGCCUGCUUAGAUCAAAAGGUGUCAAAAUCCUUGACGCACUCCCAGAUUUUCAAUUUGAAACCAUCCCAGAUGGUCUUCCUCCCCCUGCAGAUGAAAAUGCCACUCAGGACAUAGCCUCUCUCUGUGACUCUAUCAGAAAGAACUUCUUCCUUCCCUUCCAGAACCUUCUUACUAGACUCCAUCGCUCAGCCUCUAAUGGCUUCAUCCCCCCGGUCACUUGCUUGGUUUCUGAUGGCUGCAUGGUCUUCACUGUUGAAGCUGCUCAAGCUCGUCAACUCCCCAUCAUUCUCUAUUGGCCUGCUAGUACUUAUUCAUAUCUGGCCCUUGCUCACUUUCGAAAGCUAGCUGAAAGAGGCCUCAUACCUCUUAAAGAUGAGAGUUAUCUGACAAAUGGGUACCUGGAGAAAGAAAUAGAUUGUAUUCCAGGCAUGAGAAAUAUCAAGCUAAAAGAUCUGCCUUCCUUUGUGAGAACAACAGACCCAAAUGACUUGAUCUUGGACUUUCUCAAUGAAGUGAUGGAAAAAGCUCACAAAGCCCAUGCCAUUUGUUUCAACACAUUUGAUGAGCUUGAAGGUGAGGCAGUGAAAGCUCUUUUCUCCAUUUACCAACCUCCUCUUUACUCAAUAGGCCCUCUCCCUUCUUUUUUGAACCAAACUCCACAUAAUAACAACCAAUUGGCGUCUCUAAAUUUUAGUCUUUGGAAAGAAGAGACUCAAUGCAUUGAUUGGCUACAACACAAAGAACCUAGAUCUGUGAUUUACGUGAAUUUUGGAAGCAUCACAGUUAUGUCCCCAGAACAACUGUAUGAGUUUGCUUGGGGUUUAGCAUAUAGCAAGAAACCCUUCUUAUGGAUUAUAAGACCUAACAUUGUGAAUGGUGGCUCAGUGAUUCUAUCUUCUGAGUUUUUGAGUGAGACUAAAGAAAGAGGCUUCAUAGCAAACUGGUGUGAACAAGAAAAAGUGUUGAACCAUGCAUCCAUUGGAGGCUUCUUGACACAUUGUGGGUGGAACUCCAUGACUGAGAGUAUUUGUGCCGGAGUUCCUAUGGCGUGUUGGCCUUUCUUUGCAGAUCAACAAACGAACUGUAGAUAUGCAUGCAAAGAGUGGGGAAUAGGGAUUGAGAUUGACAAUAACGUGAAGAGAGAAGAAGUGGAGAAGCUUGUGAAUGAGUUGAUGGAAGGAGAGAAGGGAAAGAAGAUGAGACAAAAAUGUUUAGAGUGGAAGAAAAUUGCAGAAGAGAACACACAACCUGGCGGUUUUUCAUUCGUCAACUUGGAGAAAGUGAUCAAGGACGUGCUACUACAAGGAAGUUAAUUAGAAUAAUCCUAUUGCCACUUUGGUUAUGAAGUUUUUCUGUCAGACAUAAUACACCUGAGUUGGUAGCAGAUUUAGAACACACACACACACCAGCAUAUGGCCAUGUUUCUGUUUCAUCUUUUGAUUUAGAUCAACAGACAAAUUUUAAUUCCCAUCAACAACCUUGGUUUUUAUUGGUCUUCAAGUGUCAUUUUCCCUAGUAAAUUGGUCAAGAGGGAUGGCUGACAUAUAGACAAAGCAUCUAUUUAAAUAGAGAAACUGAUAAUGAAAGAUAAAGGAAUAUAAUAACAUUAUAGAGGAAGAAUAAGUUUUAAAAACUAAGAAAAUGGA